AAAAGUCGGUUUGGUCACGUCCUGUAUAUAUUCCACAGAGUUACUAAAUUCAUAGGAUUAACAAAACGAGUCCUGACUCGCGGCGGUGUUUACUCCACGGGGGUCUUCCCGAUCCAACCCUUUGCUCGAUCGUCAUCAUUUACUGAAAUCACACGUCACGGUAGUCGGCAGGAAAACCAUUUAAACUUGGCUUGCUCAGGAUGCGCCCGCUUCGUUGCGUGACAGCUGCGCUAACAUCUGUAUGAUCCGCCGCGGAAUGAGAGAGAUGCGGGUGUUAACUGUCCUACUCGGCGUUAUAUCUGUCCUGAAGGAGGCUGAAGCCUGGGGUUACAAGAAUGGAAUACUGCACAACUCUAUCUGGCUGGAGCAAGCCGCUGGAGUUUACCACCGCGAAUCUCGCAAAGGACGGUAUCAGCUGACGUACGGUGAAGCCAAGGCUGUGUGCAAAUUCGAGGGGGGUACUCUCGCUACAUAUGAUCAACUGGAGGCUGCUCGCCAGAUUGGUUUCCAUGUGUGUGCAGCUGGAUGGUUUGACAAAGGACGUGUGGGUUAUCCGAUUGUUAAAGCUGGCGCCAACUGUGGUUUUGGAAAAGUUGGAAUAAUUGAUUAUGGAUAUCGUCUCAACAAAAGUGAGAAGUGGGAUGUCUACUGCUAUAACCCUGGGGCAAAAGAGUGUGGAGGUGUACACACAGAUCAGGAGAAGGUUUUAGAUUCUCCUGGUUACCCAGAGGACUACCAGGAUGAGCAGAUUUGCUACUGGCACAUUCGUGUGCGCUACAGACAACGAAUUCGCCUGCACUUCCUAGACUUUGACAUUGAGGAAGACACAGAUUGCCUCAGUGAUUACCUGGAGAUCUAUGACAGCUAUGAUGAUGUUUCAGGCUUUGCUGGAAGAUACUGUGGGGAUGAACUUCCAGAGGACUUCAUAAGUACAGGAAACGUCAUGACCCUCAAGUUCCAUACUGAUUCCUCAGUGACGGGUGGAGGUUUUCAGCUGCAGUACAUCGCUGUGAACUCCUCUCAGCUCUUUGACAACCACACUGAUGACUUCUCUUGACCAACGUUUAAAUCACCAAACCUACUUCUUUAUUAUACCCAAACCCACAACUCUGUCAUUUUUUAAAUAUAAUUUUUUAUUUCUUUACCAAGGGUGCAAUAUUAAAGCUGUUAAUAAUCACAUAUUUACGUGUAAAGGCCUGUGAAUAUUUGAAAAAUAAACUCGGAUAAAACAGUUUUUUUACAUUCUAGUUACUUUACAUUCUAGUUCAUACAACUUGUCCAACAGUGCAUUUAAUGUAUUAUAGUGUUUCAAUAUAAACAUAAGAAAUAAGCUGAAAUCUGUUUUAAUAGAGCCAAACCCGUGGGAUGCAUAAAGGCCUGACAUUGUAGAAACACAAGUGUAAUUCUGUGUGUACAUUCUGUAGAACUAAUAUGAAACAAAGCAUGAUACUAAUACUAACCAAAAAUACAAAUAAAAAAAUAAAAUGAAAAA